AUGCUACGCCGUCGCCUCAUCACCAGUGUGUCAGUCACACACACCGCCAUCGCUGCUACCAUCGAGCGCCACGCAAUGUGCGGCAGUAAUGAUCCCGUCGUCCCAUUUCUUCCAGCGGCCGCUGCACUCACCAGCGCGUGUUGCUGCUGCAGCUGCGGCGUUGGCGGUGGCUUUCGUUCCAGCACAGCACUGUCUGUGAGUCGCCGUGGGUACCGCACGACGCUUCCCCUGUGCAGCGGCAGUGCUGCCGCCCGCGCGCUGCCUGCGUCGCCGCAUCAGUGCCCAAUCGAGCAGGUCCUGCUACCCGACGUGGCGACCGGCGACACCGGCAUCCGCACCGAGACGCUGCGCGGCAUGGUUCAGCUGCUGCUCGACCCCGAGGCGACGGAUGUAGAGGACGUGGCCAUGCUGGACUUUGUUGUCAUGGUGCCGCGGCGACAGAUGGCGGCGCUGCGCGGCCGAAAGGAGUGGCUGGACGUCGUGCUCAGCUCCGAGCGCUACCAGGCGUGCAAGGACGCGCGGGCGCUUCGACUCGCCGGCAUCACGACGGUGGGUCGCUGGGACGAGAACCGCGAGCGUGUGGCCAUCUCUGCCUACUCGCGUGGCAUUCUCGAGGAGGCGUACGCCGCUAUGGCACGGCAGCCGGUGGAGUCGCAGAAGGACCAAGUCAUCACGUGGUUGACAAGGACCAUCCAGAAGGCCGUCAUUGAGGAGUUCGCGGCGAACAAGAGCAACCGGCAGAUCCUCGCGCCGCUCAUCACCGGCAUGCGGGCGCUUCCGGAGACCACGGCGGCAGCUGCCAGCGCCGCAAACGCCGUAAAGGUGGAGGAGGAGGAGCAGCAGCAACAGCUGGAGAAGAGGCUCGUCAAUGAAAGUGGCGCCGCAGCAGAAGCGGAGGAAGAGGUGGAGAGCACCAGCGGCAGCGUCGCCAAGACAAGCCGAGCGCCAAGGGGGCGAGGGAAAAGACACACAAAACACUCUGAGGCAACGUCGCCUCCCGCAGAAGAAGCGGCGGAGGCCGCCGCAGCAAGUUCAGCGGAAGCGGAGGAUGCUGGCAAGAACGAAGCAUCAUCUCGCACUGCUUCCGCCGUCGAUGACGACGAGGACGCUGAAAUUGCACGGCUGCUGAAGGAAACGGAGCAGGAGUUCGCCCCGGCGCCGUACAUUCGUGGCAGCAGUGGCGCCGCCAAGGACGCAGGAACGACCGCAACGGAAGCAAAGACGGACGGCGAUGAAGGCAAGUCCGCCAAGCCAAAGAAGAGGAAGAGUGGUGAUGCCGCUGCCGCGAAGAAGGCUGAUCCGGAGCCGCCAGAAGAGAGUGACGAACCGAUGACGACUGCAGCUGAUGUCGCGGCGGCGCCGACUGACGCGAAGCAAAAUAAGUCGUUGGCCCGCCUGGCGGAACUGAUGCUGAUCCAGUUCAACAGCGCCGACGGCUACCUGCAUAUUUCCGACAUCAAGGACGAUGAGAAGAAGGGCUUCGUGACCACGAUGGACGGGGACGCGGCGCAGGUGGACCCAUUCGCGCUCUACAGCGCCUUCAGUGCAGCCAAGCCGGCGAACGGUGACUCGCCCGCGAUCGUGGCGCUGAAGCAGGUGUGGUCUGCGUACAACACCUACACCGCCGCGCACGACGCCGCCGAUGACGAUGCGAUGGCGCGCUUCUAUAAGGAGAAGGGUGUAGAGGCGCUUGUGCACGGCGCAGUUCUGCUGCGCGCCAUCUCACGUGAGCACCCGAUUGCGCUGGAGCCACGCGAUAUCCCCGCGUACGGCUUCCCGCUGCUCUCCUCCGAUCGCCGCCCGUACCGCACGCGGCGUGGCAAGGGCGCGACGGACAUGACGGCCGACAGGGUCGCCGACGCGGUCAAAGCUUACACCGCCUUCUUCGCGAGCAAGGUCAAGCGUCACACGCCGAUCCGCCCCGCGAUUGACUCCAACUCCGGCUGUAGCGUGGCGGCACUGAUGGGCACGACGCUGCACCUCUAUGAGACAUCGCUGAAGGAGACGGUGCGGGAGGAGGACAUACGCGGCCGCUUCGCCGAGGCGAUGCUGGGCGUGCUGCAUGUGCUGGAUCGUAAGGUUCUGUCGCGCGUCAACGUGGUGCACUACCACAUCCUCGCCACCUCCAUCAGUGGCGGCGGUGCGGGCGGCAUGGAUGCUACGACCACCACCAUUGUUAGCAUUGACACCACCGGCACCUUCACCGCGGCGGAGAAAGUGCGGCUGCAGCAGCUCGCGGAGCCGCUCGGCAUGACGAGCGCCAUCGCCGACUGCACCUGUGUGUCCGACCUCGUCGACACCAUUGAGGCGCUCGGUGUGUCGGUGGUGCACGACAUCUUGACGAACCGUGACGACCUGGAGGCGCUCCUCACGCCGACGCUCGUGCAGCUGUUGCCGGAGGUGGAGGACGACGAGGAGGCGGAGGACGAAGAGGAGGCGAAGCCGCCAGCGCGACGGGACGCGGCUGCGGCUGCUGCGAAGGGGGCGUCCGCGAAGGCGGGAAGCCCCGCAGCAAAGGCCGCAGCAGAUGAGGAGGAAGAGGAGGAAGAAGAGGAGGAGGAUGAGGAAGAAGUGGAGGAAGUGGAGAAAGACAAGUCAAAGGGCAAGAAGCAGAAGUCUUCCGCUGCGAAGGCUGCUGCCGUAGAGGAGGGAGACGAGGAAGAGGAAGAGGAAGAGGAAGAAGAAGGGGACGAUGAAGAUGAUGAAGAGGAAGAGGAUGAGGAGAAAGAGGAAGAGGUGCGUGCGGCUCCGGUAAGCACCAGCAGUGGUGGUAAGAAAAGCCCUCCCCCUGCAAAGAGCCGCGUUGCACGUGGGCGUGCCAAGGCCUCGGAGGAGGCGCGGGUGAAGGAGGACGACGACGACGACGACGACGACGAGGUCGUGCAGAGCCAGCAGCAGCAGCAGCACGCCCCGUUGGCGAAGAAGGCCUCCCAGAACGCCAAGCGAGCACCACCGCCACCACCACCAGACGACGAUGAUGAUGAUUACGAGGAGGACGGGGAGGCGGAGGUGGUGUUACAGAAGCCGCCACCGCCACCGCUAGCAGCAGCGAGCAAGAAGGGGCAUGCAGCGAGGCGAGCCCCGCCACCGCCACCGCCACCGCCGGUGGAAAGGGAUGACGAGGAUGAUGACGAGGAGGAGGUGGAGGAGGAGGUUGUGCGGCGGCCGCUGAAGAGGACCACCAACAUGAAGCGCGCACCAUCACCGGCACCGCCUCCACCUCCUCGUUCUUCUCCUGCUGCUGAAGAGGAGAACGAGGAGGACGCGAAGGACGAGGCCGCUGCGGCGGUGCGUGUGCGCGGCCGCGGUCGGCGCAUGAGCCGCGCCCCUCUUCCCGUUCCCCCCGCCGGCUCGGAGGACGAGGACCGCUGGUUUCAAAAGGCACGGCGGUGA